AGCAGGUGUACAGCUGUUCGAUGGACGGUACGGUGCGGCUGUGGGACUACCGGGCCGGGGAGGAGAUCCGGACGCUCUCCGUGGGGGAGCCGGUGAAGCACAUGGUGAUCCAAAAGGAGCUGGGUGUGGCCUAUCUGUCGGUGCAGCUGCGUACGGGAGGUGGCCGAGUGGUGCUGUACAACAUGAGGACCGGAAAGUUCAGCGGCAAUGCGCUCAAGACCCGCUCCGCCGGCCCCCUGGCGCUGAGCGCCUCGGGCGGCCUGGCCGCCUCCAUCGACCGCCACUCGCUGUUCGUGUGGCGCACGGGGGUGGACAUCUACCAGCCACUCAACCUGCAUCACACAAAGCCGUACACGUGUCUGGCCAUCUCCGCUGACGAUUCCCUCAUCGCCGCGGGUGACGUCACGGGUCGGCUGCUCAUCUGGAGGGCGGUGGAGUCGCGCGUGCCCUCGGCGCUAAGGGACAAGUCGGGGGGAGGAGGAGCAGCUGGGGCUGGGGGUGAAGGAGGCGCAGCAGCAGCAGCAGGGGGCCAGCAGCAUGUGGGAGGUGGCGGCAAGGUGCGGCUGCCGGCAGCCGAGCAGCCGCCGCUGACGACCCUGCACUGGCAUGCACACCCUAUGGGGUGCCUGGCCUUCUCAUCGGACGGUACCCACCUCUUAUCCGGCGGUGCCGAGGGUGUGCUGGUCAUCUGGAACCUGGAAACCCAACGACCCAACUUUCUGCCGCGACUCGGCGGACCCCUCGUCGGACUGCACCCCUCGCCGGCGGAUCCAGCAAAGUACGUCGUACGACAGGCGGACAAUGUCGUACGGAUUAUCAAUAUUGCGACCAUGAAGGUGGAGGCCUCCGUCAUGGGUCUGCGGCCGCCGCCGGUGGGGCUGCUGCCGCCGGCGGGGGUGGCUGGGGGCGCGGCGGCGCUGCUGGCGGCGCCUGGCGGCGGCGAGGGUACGGCAGUGGCGCCGGCGGUUGGUGGAGUGUACGGCAGGGGCGGCAGCGGCGGUCUGGGUGUGCUGGUGGUGGCGUGCGAGAAUGCGCAGCUGCAAUUUUACGAUGUGGAGCGGGACCGGCAUCUGCAUCUGGUGCAGGCUGCUCCGCGCAACGCCAUGCCUCUCACGGCCCCACAGCAACAGAGCCUCACAUCCGGGUCGGGAGGAUCAGCAGCAGCAGCGGGGGGGGCAGCCGGUGCAGGGGCUCCGGAGCCGGUGGCUCCGCCGCCGCCCUUUGUCUCGCUAGUGGCCUUCAGCGGUGAUGGAUCCGUCAUGGCUACUGUGGACGUCAGGUCUGAUGCGGGGCCAUACGGAUCUACGGAAGCCUGUCUCAAGUUCUGGGACGCUGCCACUUCCUCUUCCGGAUCCAACGCGGACCGUACGACAACGGAUCCGUCAACAUCUGGAUCCGGAUUCGCCCUCAAUACCCGCGUGGACGAGCCCCAUGCGGACCAGGUCACCUCCCUCGUCUACCACCCCUCACGCCACAUGGUCGUUACGACAGGCGGAUCCGGAUUCGGUACGACAAUUGGAACAGGGCUGGCUUCCGGAACCGGGGUGGAUUCGGAGUUCAAAGUUUGGAUCCAAGAGCGCCGAUCAGCGUCGCUGGAGGCGAAAAGCGGCGAUCGGAGUGCUGGUACGACAACGCAUUGGAGGUGCCAGAGUACGGGAGGAUACAAAGGGCUACCGCUGGGUGCGGCGGCGUUCAGCCCAGACGGCAGCAUUCUAGCAGUGGCGGCGGCGGCGCGAGUGACGUUGUGGGAUGCGGAAAGCACUUCGCUAGCGGCAGUGCUGCCGGCGGCGACCGCGUUAGGGCCGGCGGCGGCGCCACCAUUGACUCAACUCGUGUUCGUACCGGGAACGCCGUAUUUGGCGGCGGCGUCGCCGUCGUGCGUCGCGGUGUACAACUUGCUAACGGCUGCCGUACAUUGGUGCUUCCCGUACGGCGCGGUGUCGAUCUGUGCGGAUGCGGCGUACGGAUUGCUAGCGGUAGCGCUGCCGGCGCCGUCGGCGCCGCCGCAGGCUGCUGCGGCGGCUACGGACGCUGCCGCGGAUGCCUCCCGGUCUCAGAAACCGCUUCAGCAGAAGCAGAUCCUCCCGAAGCACCCAAAACAGCAGCAGCAGGGGCAGGAGCAGCAGCAGCGGCCGCAGCCCAGCUGUCAUGUAGUCGUGAUUGACCCACGGGACGGUUCGCCCAAGUACCACUGCCACCUGCCGGACACGCACCACGUGCACUUGGCGCAUGUACGGACGGCGGCGGCAACCGCCUCAACAGCAGGCGACGGUUGCAGUCCGUUGCUGAUCCUGCGGGACAACCGACAGUUCUCGGUUGCCGCACUCCCAGGUUCCCUGGACGCCUCCCGCUCAGCUGCGGGCGCCGCACCCUCUCAAGUCCUGCUGGAUCAGCAACCGCUGUCCGCCUUCGAAGCCGCAUUCGGCCGCGAGCAACUGCCAACCACCGCAGCGGGCGCUGCACCCAUGGAGGUUGACGGAGGCGCAGCAGCGGUGGGCGGGAAGCCCCUUUGGGCUGCGCUCUUCGACGCGCCCUCGCAUGUGCUGCCGCCGCCGACUGCGCUUGCGAACGCCUUCCUGUCCCUCCUCACCACUUCGGACUCUUGAUUGGUGUGAUUGGUUGGUUGAUUGAACACAUGUCGCCUUGGACAUGCUGCGCAGCGUUGACGUACAGCGUUGCAGCACAGUGCAGUUUGGUUUAUACUUGUGUGUGGACGUUUUCGCGAACCAUUUCGUUCGUAGCAGCAGGGGCUGUAAGGGUUGCUGUGCAUGCGGCAGGAAAGGGGCGCUUGGGUUUGGGUAAAGAGGGAACUGUACCAUGUGACGAGGUUCCUUCAUGAGCUGCAUGGGAAGGGGUGUGGCUAGGGGACGCAACAACGGGUAGCGAGGAAAGGGGUUAGCGGUGGCUGUGUUGGGUUGUGGUACCAUGCGUGCUGAGGGCGCGCGGAUGUGCAUUAAACUGCUGUUGUUAGUAGUAAGUUUGUAGUGGUAGUGCGUUGGGGUGUGGGAGAGACACACCGGGGAGGUUAAGAGUCUGGCGGGCGCUUGCUGGGGGGGCUAGGUGGUUGUCGAGUAAACGAGUUGAUUGGAGAUGGGGCGAAGGGCAGGAGAUCGGACAAGGCGUCAUUUUUGUGUUUGAUGUCGACUUCCGCACAAGAUGACAAAGGAGGUGUCUCGGGACGCUUCCUGCGGCGGAAGGGGUACAUCCCUUUCCGCCAUGUGGUGCCGGUGGAUGUAACAAACUCCUAUCCG